AUCGUGUUCAUACAAUUAAUGUUAUCUGCAGAUAAAUAUGUAAUAUAAUGUAUUUGUUAUAUAAACACAGUUUACUUUUCUUUGGUUUGUGUGGAUGUCAGUGUCACUAAAAGGGUUAAUAAAAUAUUAGAAUUAAUUUAUGAAAAUGCAUAAACCUACUAUAAGUAAAGGUUGUACCAUAUUAUUCCAUUACACCAGAAAGUGAAGAACACAAUGGCUUCCCUUUCAACUGCCACGCCGGGGAAUUCAUCCACCCUAUCUAGUUUGCCCAAAUCUUCCCCUUUCUUCACCAAAAUCUCUCAGCUUCCCGCCUCCCAAAAACGCAGUAAUAACCAUCACCAUUUCAGGGUUGCUUGCCAAGCCAAAGACAACGACCAAAACCCAUCCAGAAGGAAUGUGCUUCUUGGCUUAGGAGGUCUCUAUGGCGCUGCCAGUCUUUCCAACGACCCCUUUUCAUUUGCAGCCCCAAUACCAGGCCCUGAUGUUUCAAAAUGCGGCCCAGCUGACCUACCCGAAGGCGCCGCGCCGACCAACUGCUGCCCUCCAUCUCCUUCCACCAUUGUGGAUUUCCAAUUGCCUUCCUCACCAACUCUUCGUAUUAGGCCAGCUGCUCAUUUGGCAAGCAGAGAUUACAUUGCAAAGUACAACAGGGCUAUCCAGCUCAUGAAAGCUCUUCCGGACAACGAUCCGAGGAGCUUCCGACAACAGGCUAACGUUCAUUGCGCUUACUGCGACGGCGCUUACGAUCAAGCUGGGUUCCCGAACCUGGAACUUCAAGUCCACGGUUCAUGGCUUUUCUUGCCGUUCCAUCGCUUCUAUUUAUACUUCUUCGAGAAAAUCUGCGGGAAAUUGCUGGAUGACCCGACUUUCGCCAUGCCGUUCUGGAACUACGAUGCUCAGGGAGGAAUGUCUCUGCCAGCGUUUUACGCCGAUCGGAAUUCCUCGCUUUACAAUCGGCUUCGGGACGCGGCUCAUCAGCCUCCGAACAUGAUCGACCUGAAUUUCGGCGGUCGUGAUUCAAACUUGUCUAACAGCCAGAAAUUGUCUCAGAACCAGACCAUCAUGUACAGGCAAAUAGUAUCCAAUGCCAGGAGCCCGGGGCUGUUCUUCGGGGGAGCUUACCGGGCGGGCGAUGACCCGGAAUCAGGCGCCGGAUCCGUCGAGAUCACCCCUCAUGGCCCUGUUCACGUAUGGACCGGUGACAGAACCCAGCCCAAUCUAGAAGACAUGGGAAACUUCUACUCCGCCGCACGUGAUCCCAUCUUCUACGCUCAUCAUUCCAACAUCGACAGGAUGUGGAACAUUUGGAAAACAUUGGGCGGAAGACGGCAGGAUAUAACCGACCCGGAUUGGCUAAACGCGUCGUUUCUGUUCUAUGACGAAAAUGCACAAAUGGUUCGUGUGCGUGUUCGGGACUGUUUGGACACGGCCAAACUAGGGUACCAAUACCAAGAUGUUGCGAUUCCGUGGCUGAAUUCACGUCCGUCGCCGCGGGUUUCGACGGCGACGAGGAUGCUGAGGAGGCUCACCAACGCAAACGCCGCCGACAACGACGUCAUCUUUCCGGUGAAGCUGGAUAAACCAGUGAAAGUGAUGGUGAAAAGGCCCAGUAAGAAAAAGAGGUCAAAGAAGGAGAAAGACGAAAAGGACGAGAUCUUGGUGAUACAGAAGAUUGUGUUUGAGAGGGAUCAGUUCGUGAAGUUUGAUGUGUACAUCAACGAUGAAGAUGAUCCGAAGAGCACGCCGGAGAACACGGAGUUCGCGGGGAGUUUUGUGAAUGUGCCUCAUCGGGUGCAUAGUCAUGAAAAUCAGAAUAAUGAUAAAAGUAGUAGUAGUAAGCAUGAGGGACGCCACAAGAAGAAGAUCAAGACUAAUCUGAAGCUGUCGUUGACCGAGAUUUUGGAAGACAUGGAUGCUGAAGACGAUGAUUACGUGGCGGUGACUUUAGUUCCACGUGUUGGGUGUGAUGAGGUGACUGUGGGUGGAAUGAAGAUUGAACUUGAUUGACAGAUCCGAUGAUGAUUAUAUAUUUGAAGGAAGUGAAUAAUUCUGGCCUGAUUUGGAUGAAUUAAUUCAUGUGUUGUUUUGAUUGGUUCAUUUUGCAUCCAACAAAUCAUUUAUCUUUCUUUUGUACUCUUGUGGCUUUUAUCAUUUACUCCCUCCGAUUGCUUUGGGGCUUCUUUUGGCUCUAUGGGAGCUUUCCCCUCCUACUCAGAACUCAUUAAUCAAAGUAUUUUUCAUCAACUAAGAUCCGGGUUCGAACCUGAAUAUGGGCGUGCAGAAGUGAAAUAUUUGUUGGGUUCGGAAGGGAUCUAUCGACUCGAAUCUGUAUUAGUCGGAAUAAUGACUUCACACACCGGG